GCUGGGAGCUCGGACUCCUGGGUUCAUGCCAUCUCUGUCUCUCUGCAGUUCUAGCGGUUUCCCCAGGGACUCGGCGGCGGCGGGCGGGACCCUGAACAGCCGGGGAAUGAAGCGGAAGCUUUACUCGGCCGUGCCGGGCCGAACCUUCAUGGCCAUGAAACCCUACCAGGCCCAGGCGGAGGGCGAGCUGUCCCUCAGCAAGGGCGAGAAGAUCAAGGUGCUGAGCGUGGGCGAAGGCGGGUUCUGGGAGGGGCAGGUGAAGGGCCGGGUCGGCUGGUUCCCCUCGGACUGCGUGGAGGAGGUGCAGACCAAGACACAGGAUGGAAAGCAAG